AUGUCGACGCCCGAGCUAGAGCCAGAACCCCUGGGUUCACCUCAGGUCCGCAAUCUGGAAAUUAGAGGCACGUGGGAUGGUGAGGUCAAUGGGCGGGCGGAACUUAGAUUUUCGCUCGAGAUACAAAGCACCUCAAACACGCAGAUACAAAUACUAGACACUAGCUCUCCUACUGUGCUUUUGUGCAAGACCUCAAUUCAAUUUCUAUCCGAGAAAUGGGAUCAGAAUAGUCAGCCUGAAGAGGUUCCACCUCAAAGCCCUCUGUUCGAAUUUUUUGAGCCAAUCUAUCGUGAUGGCGAGGGAGCUCAUCUGAACUCCAAGGGCUUUCCUGAAACCUCCGACCCCAUCAAUGACCAUGCCUUUGUUAAAGCCCAUAGCGAAACGAGCUCUACAACUCACAUACUGUACCCAGGUCAUAAAGUUGACAGCCCUUUGGAGAGUUCUUUAAUGCCUGAUGAACACUCUCCUGGCUUACGUCCUAACUUUGCAAAACGAAAUGACCAGACCAGGAUGCUAAAUCUAGGGAAAAGAAGUGCUACAGAUGCUUGCCUGACAGAUGUCGAGUCGAACUUGGAGGAUGUCCAGCCAGACCGAAAUCUUCCAUAUAAUGGCACCGUUCACAAUCUCGAUACGCCAGACUACCGUCUACUACAGAGACCAGCACAGUCUGAAAGAGACGAUGCGAUGGACAGCAUAAGCCAGCAGCAAUCAUGUUCUUCUCGAGAUCACAGCAAGCCAGCCUUACUGUCGGAGAUGGGUGUGGGAGUAAAACAAGCAUCCGAUGCAGAACAAUGCCUUGUCGGUGCACAUUACAAGCAAAGUCCAGAUGGUCCUCACGAGAAAACAACAGCUAAUACAAGUUUUCCACGUGGGAAAAGGCUGCACACCACAUCGGCAACUAAGAACAUUUGCAAAAUUAAGGACAAAGACAUCGAUGGUCACGAUACAGCGCUUACAAACCUCGCUCAUUCCGAUAUUGGUCAGGAAAAGGUGCCCAAUGGCCCAAAAAUGCCUCCCAUCUCUGGUACUAGGUCGGUGGAAAAACUUGAGACUGAUCUGGGCGACAGCCCCUCAACUAGGUUGGCUCUAUUGCUAGAUACAGAGCAAGAAGCAGGAUCAGACCCUGAUAAUUUUGAUCGAAAUCUCAUUGAGCAUUACGAACAAAAUCCCGGUGAUACUCACAAGUCCAAACACCGUGAAUUUUCUGAGAACGAGCCCGAAAUUAAUAUGGUUGAUGAUAUUCUUUUCGUUCAGUACCCAGCCAAUGUACGCGCAGGAGUCUACAAGCUCGUCGUCACCGUCUCAAUCGCUCUGCUCAGGAAGACACCCAGUGAUUGGUACGAUCUAGUUAUACCAGGUCUGCCCAAGUUGAGGACGGGAGAGAGUGGGUUCAUUCUCUUUUUGAUUCCUGACAAAUUUAGGAUGGUGGAAGAUUGCUUGUUCGCUGAGUUUGUGGACAAGAGGGAUCUUCUGAUACCAAUGCGGUCUUUUGACCAGAGGAAUUAUGGCAUCGUCAAAGAUUUUGUCGUGGACCAGGAAAUCGAAGCACGUCCUUUAUUGAUCUCUGCCUCAGAGGACAACAAGCACACGCACUCAAGUUUGUCGGUGAGAUAUCAUGCGAUGUGCUCGCUGAGGUUGCAUGAACGCUGCUUCUGGGCUGAGAAGUGCUGUUUCUUUCUCGACUUAGAUGGAGGGCCAGAAGGAUUUUUCCAAUGCAAACUCCAACCUCCGGAUACAAGUUUGCAGGUGGUCUAUAUACCUAGCAGUAGUUCAUAUUCUAUCGGUGUCUCCCACCUUCAAAUCAUAUGUUCACCACGAGAUUUAGGGAUGUUUUGCAUCACUUGGCUAGUCAAAAUGCCGUUCCCAGCAAGGAACUGGCUGCCGCGAAUCUUUCCUGGAAAUCAACUUCGAGCUACGUUUAUUAGACUAUAUGCCAAUGCAUUCACUGAAGAACAAAGCUACCAAUAUAUCAUGUCUGCUCUUGAAAGAGGAGAUGAAACCGGCGGAAGAUCGGAAGCUGUGGAAGGUGGUGGUUGGCCUGAAGACCCUGAACGGACAUUCAGAUCUCAAUAUAUGAACACAGUAGCUAAAGCUAUAUCAAGGCCGUUAAGAGCCCUAUGGACGCCAAUCAAUGACCCUAUACCUACCUGGAGAGCGUCCCGGAAAAAAUUGUUUAUUCUCACCCUUGUUGUUGCUUUUACAAUCUGCGGCACGCUAUCAUGCCUCCUACUUAGCCCUACAUACUCUGGAGCUCUCCAUCGCCCUUGGGGACCUGUUAAUGGGGCAAACGCUGGCUUGCUUGAUAAGUCGAGAUUGGACGGGCAGAUUCCGGGCUGCGGGGAGCCGAGCUCUGAGUAUAACAAUUUUACUGAGGAGCUUUUCGAUCAAACCCCAGACAACUUUGACAGCGCGUCGUUAUUCGAUAACAAUCAUACCAGUAAACACGUACCCUUGAAUCAGCAGGAAGCUAUUGAUCUCGAGACAGAUGUCAAGAAAGUUGAACAAGUACAAGCGGAGGAACAGACAGCUAUCACACCAGGCGUGGAGUCAGGGUGGAAAGGGCCCAUUGAUCGCAUGGCAUGA